AUGCCACCAGUCUACCGCGGCCACUGGUGCCCAUUUUGCCAAGCCUACCUCAAACAGCUGCAGUCUCUGACAAAGUCCAUCACCGCUGCGGGCGGGUACGUCCUCACGGUGACGGCGGAGUCCGAGUCCGAACUUCACAAGAUCCGCGAGACGACAGGCUACGACGGCGAAACCAUCGUCGACACGGAGAAUCUCCUCGCUACGGAACUCAGGCGUAGGGGCAUCAUCGAUGUGGCCGUCUCGGAAAAGACAGGAUACCCAAAUGGAAUGGCCCAGCCCGCUGUAUUGGUUGGGACUAAAGCGAAGGUCGUUUAUAAAUGGGCGAUUAAACCUUCCGUGGAUCGGCCAUCGCUCAAGGAGGUGUGGGAGAAUGCCGAGGCCGAGAUGCAGGGGAAGAAACCUGUGCAUACUGAGAUACCCCUGCUGUCGUUCGUUCAGGGCCUGAAGCAGAAACUUUUUGGAUAG